AUGUCGUCCCCCGUCUCCCCCUCCGCUCCCUCUCCGCACUCCAACCCCUCCUCCUCGUUGAACGACCGCUUUGACCGCCUCGCGCUCGGUGACGCGUCUGAUGGGAAAGGGAUGGGGCUGGGGAUACCGGCGUUUGGAGGGUUAGGCGUACCCGGCGCAGGAGCAGGAGCGGGAGGAGCGGCGGGGGUGAGGAAGCAACGCUCCCAACGCUUCACGGUCCCGACCUCCUCCUCGCACCCCUCCUCUUCAUCCUACGCUCCCCCUCCCGUCCCAUCACUCCCCUACCUCCCUCCACCGCCGCCCGUCUCAACCCAAACCGCCUCCUCCUUCCUCCCUCCUCACACCUCCUCCUCCUCAGACUACACAACCUACUACUCGACCUCCACCUCCCCGACCCACCCCAACUCGAACUCGGAUUACUCACUCGUCGCUCCGCCCAUCCCAGCAAACUUGAUCACGCCCGAGUUUUUGCAGAGCCCGACGGGCAUGAGUCCGUAUCCCGGACCGAGUUUCGCGCAGGUUCAGCAGCAGGCGCAGGGCGUCGGAGCUGGGAUGCAGAGAGCGUGGAGUGGAGGGUCUGGGUCGGUGGUUUCGCCUGUUGGAGCGGGGGCGGGGGAGAAGGUGUUUGAUGAGAGGGGGGAAGAGAUCAUCGAGACGGCUAUCGUGAUCAAGUCGAUUCCGUUCGCCUGUCCGCGCGAGCAGCUUCUCGCCAUCAUGGCCUCGCUCGCCCUCCCCGCCCCCUUCGCUUUCAACUACCACUACGCCGCCGAAGACCCUACCUCCUUCCGCGGCCUCGCCUUCGCCAACUUCCGCACCCCCUCCGAAGCGUCUAUCGUCCGCGCAGCAAUGGACGGCCUCGAAGUGAUGGGACGCAAGUUGCGCGCCGAGUUCAAGAAGGCCCUCAAGCCGGGGGAGAAGGAGGCGAUCGAGAGGACCAAGGCGUUGAAGAGGAUGAGGAGCGCGCAGUUGCUUGCGGCUGGGGCGAACCCGAGUUCGUUCUUUGGUGGAGGAGGGGCGCAAGGUCCGCCGAGUGGGUGGAACAGGAGAGAAGCGAGUGCGCCCGGCGGGUACGGCGGAGGAUGGGGCGGACCCGGCGGACUCGAACACGACUCGGAAGACUACGGUCGACAGAUCCACAAUGGCGCGUAUUCCUCUCACGGCACCUUCGGUCGCCGAGACUUCCUCCCCGCCCCGCCUGUCCCGCCCAUGCCUUCGUAUGUUCCCCCGCCUCCUCCGCCGGAGCUGAGCUACUCCAGCUCGAGUCCGCCGACUACUAGUGCGGAUGGGAGCGAUGUCGGAACGAGUGUGAGCUUGAGGAUGGAGAGGGAGAGCUCGGAGGGUGGGAGUGAGGAAGGUGGGAAGGAGCUCAACAUGAACGACCCGCAAACCCUCGAACUCUACUCGCGCAUCCUCCUCUUCUCUUCCGACUCGUUCCGCGACGAGCUCAGUUUCUCGCGCUCGCUCUCGCCUCACCAGCGUCGUACCGUGCACCUCAUCGCGAAGAAGCUGGGACUCGAGCACAAGAGCUUGGGAGAGGAGGGAGAAGCGAGGUAUGUGGUUGUUUGGAAGAAGGGGACGGCGGGACCGGUCGAACAGACAAAGAAGCCCCUCCGCCAGACCGUCUCGACCGCCGCUCUCCGCCGAGUCGCCUCUCGCGACACGGUUCUCUCGAACGGCUCACUGCCGCGCAGCGCGACGCCGUCCUCCGCUGCGCCCGGCUCGGGCUACACGCCCUCCUUCGCCAUGCCCUCGAGCCAGUCCUCCGGCUCCCUCCUCUCGCCAACCGCUACCGCAGCCGGUCUGCGCGGGAAAAAGUCGAUGCCGGAUUUGCGCUUCCCCUCGUCCAACUCGCAUGGCUCGCACUCGCGCCAAUCGCCCACCUCUUCCUCCUCUUCUCGCUCGCCGUCGCCUUACUCGACCGAAGUCCCGCCUCCCAUGCCUUCGAGCGUCUCGCUCUCGGCCAACCUCGCCGCAUAUGCGAACGGUACGGGCUACAUCUCGAGCAGCGCCUCGACGCCCAGUCUCGCGGCUUUCGGGCAGCCUGGACUCGGAGGAGGCAUUACGAGGUCGUAUUCCAACCUGCGCGUCGGCGGCAUCGAGUCGGACGACCGCUUCGCAGACGACUUGACGUCUCCCUCGUCAUCGUCGGCGUACAAGACCAUCUCGUCGUUCCCUUCCUCCGGAAGCGCCUCAGCCGCAGGCGGCUCGAACCCCUCGUCGAGCUUCACCUCGCCUUCGCCGCGCAAGACGCGCGAGAUCCCCUCGGUCCAGUCGCUUUUCGCAGCGCCACACGUCAACGGCGCAGACGUCUCGAGCGCGCCGAGUACGCCGGCGAGGGAGCGCGAGGCGAGGGACUUGUUCAACGGCGGCGGCGGGGCGGGACCUGUUGGUGGCGGACUCGAGUGGAGGAGGCGAGUCUGA